UUAUAAAUUGUAGUGUUGGUUUUCCAAUUUCACUUAUGGAUCUCAAGGUAUAGAUAGGUGCUGUACGAAGUUAGGACGAAGAAAAGGUUCAUCUAAGCAACAAUUGAACUUCGGAUGGCAAUUUGUCUGCCGGUUUCUUUUGUUUUCCAUAAUGCUUUUGUUUUCUUCUUGAUUAGGAUAACAGUGUAGACUACUUGGAGUAAAUUAAUUAUGGGCAAGAGAAGGGUGCAAGUGAAGUUUCCCCAAAUUUUUAACAUGCAAAGACCAACUCCCACAAGACCGCCGUUCAUUUGAACAAAGCAGUUGGAGCCAGAAAACCCUGGAAAUGAACUUAGUGAGAAGGCAUGCGUUGAGCCUCUUCGGGCGGCCGAGUCAGACAAUUGAGUGGCACAGUGCGGUGCAGCAGCAGCAGUUACAACAGUGGAGGGGGAUACGGGUGAAGGUCCGGAACGGGAACUUGGAGCAGGCGCUGGGGUGGAUGAAGCAGAGGAUGACCUCGAGCGGGAUGGAGCGGCUGAUAAAGAGCCAGCCAACCCGCCACAUCAAGAACUCCGAGAAGCGUGUCUUGGCCCGCAAGAACCUCGAACGCAAGAUUCGGUCGCAAGACCUUGCUCGCAAGCUCAAAUCCAUUCUCGUCAAGAAAGUCAGGGGUCUAUGAGAACAGCUUUGGAGUUUGGAGUAGCUUCAUGAUAAGAAGUAAAACAUCAUAAGUAUGCUGUUAACUUGCAGGUGUUUACUUUUUCUUCUGGAAUUCAGGGGUUAUGCAGCACUCUCUUCUAUCACUAUAAUCAGAUAUGGUCGGUUUUGUUUAAAGUUUUUAUAAAUUCAUGUCUUUUGAUAUUGAUACUCCACAUGCAUUGAAAUUGAACGGUGUAAAAUCUUAUUGCAAUGUGCUCAAAGGCUGAAACUUGAUCAUUAAAGCAAGGUAGAAAUCAAGAAUUGUUAUAAACU